AUGAAGACUUUUCUCAAAGAAUUGAAAGAAAAAAUAAGAACAAAGACUUUUAUUUAUAUGUAUAAUAAAUCUCUCAUGAAUAUGAAUAAAAAGGUUUUGCAAUAUACAGAGGUAAUUAAAAAUUAAUUUAUUACUUAGAAUCUGGUGGUUUACUUUGGUUAGAGCAUGCAAUUUAAAUAUUAGGAUUUAUAAUUUAAUUUAUUGAUUUAGUGGAUGAUGAUAAAUAUGAUUUUAGCUAAUUCUUUUAAUCAUAAAGAAGAAUAAAAAAAUAAAUUUAAUAGUUAAAUCAGGUUUUAUAUUUAAAUAUUUUUAGUAAUCAGAAAAUUUGGGAGAGGAUUUAGCUUACUUCAACCAUUUGA